GCGACUCAAACACCAGCUUUACAUCAUAUCAAUGCUCGCCCUUGAGCCAUAGAGCCAAACGAGGAAUUUAAACUAUGUAGGCACGGAGGAGAGGCUGGACAGCGGCGGGUUUAAAUGGGCAAUCUGAUGGGCAGCUGGAGAUACAAGGAGCCGAGCACAGUGGAAGAAUGCGACUCGACGUGGGAAACGGACUCGGAGAGCGACGAGCAUCAGCCGGGAGGAGAGGAGGAGGACAGCGGCAUUUCCGAGUCCAUGAGCCCGGCAGAAUCAGGCAGAGAAGUCGAACAGCUGGAUCAUGAAUCACCGCAGUUUGGUGACAUACUGAAGUCCUCUUCCAGGAUGAAAAGGAGUUUCUAUGCCGCAAAAGACUUGUACAAAUAUCGCCAUUGUUACCCGAAUUACAAGGAGCCACGUCAGCUGAACGAAUACCGCAAUCUGAGGUUCUAUCUGAAUAAGAUCCCCCUGGUGCCAGACGGUAUUUAUAUUGAAGAAAUCCUCACUAAUUGGAGGGGAGACUAUGAAAAGCUAGAGCACAAUCACACAUAUAUUCAGUGGCUUUUCCCACUCAGAGAACAAGGCCUAAAUUUUUAUGCUCAAGAACUCACUCAGGAUGAGAUAAAGGAAUUCCAAAGCACUCGAGAAGCCAAGCGACGCUUCCUCCUAGCAUAUACGAUCAUGUUGGAUUUCUUUGGGAUCAAGCUCCUGGAUAAAAACGGGAAUGUGGCUCGGGCCCCAAACUGGCAAGAUCGCUUCCAGCACCUGAAUGAGUCACAGCACAACUUCCUGCGGAUAACUCGAAUUCUGAAGAGCCUCGGUGAACUGGGCUUUGAAAACUUCAAGCUGCCUCUUGUGCAUCUGCUGCUGGAGGAGGCGCUGGUGGAGGGCACAUUACCCAACAUGCGUCACAGCGCCUUGGAGUACUUCGUCUUCACGUUACGCCAGCACUCUCAAAGACGCGUACUGCUCCGCUUCGCCCAGCGCCAUUAUCAGCCACCGGAGAACUUCAUCUGGGGGCCACCAAAGAAGAAACGGAUUUCAGGGGCUCCUGGAUCCAUAGGGACAAAAGCAGGAAAAAACGAGGCAUUGGAGAGGAGUGCAGGCAGAGCCAGGUCACCUAAGGAGGGCAGGAAUCUGAGUAAUUUAGAUAGAGAGGACAUGGACGAAAGGAAGAGUGGAGAGUGGAAAAUGGCAAAAAGCUCCAAGGUCCUGCAAGAGAGCAGGGGAAGGAUCGAUAUGGAGGAGUACAUUGAGACCAUUCCUUUGUAAGAACAGAGAGAGAGAGAUUUUGGAAGUGCAGGGACUCAGAUUAUCUUAAAAUUAUCUUAAAGGGAUAGUUCACCCAAAAAAUUUAAUUCUGUCAUCAUUACUCACCCUUAUGUUGUUCCAAACCCAUAUGAUUUUUGUUCUUCCGUGAAACACAAAAGUAGAUGUAAGGCAGAAUAUUAGCCUCAGUCAUCAUUCACUUUCAUUGCAUCUUAACAAUGUAAGUGAAUGGUGACUGAGGCUGUUACACAUUCUACCACAGAAGAAGGAAUGUCAUACAAGUUUGGAAUGACAUGAGGGUGAGUAAAUGACAACAACAUUUUCUUUUCUGUAGGAACUAUUCCUUCAAAAUUAGUAAAGGGAGCUGGCACAGCAAUAUUAUUCCAUAUCUUGGCCUUUUAGAAACUUUCUUUGUGAACAACUUAACUGUUCUGAUUUUUCUUUUUUAAAUUACAUGUUUUUUUCUCUGAAUACUCUUCAAAAUGUUAGCUGAUGAAUUUCUCUACUGUAGCUGUUGUUUGUUCAAGUUUGCAGCCCUCGGGCAAAUUCUUAGCACAUGUACAAGUGUGAGUAUAUUUAAGUGUUACCUGAAAUGAUAACGCGCGUGUGUUUGUGUGAAAUAUUGCACUUUUGACUAUCCAGUCUUCCUCUGUGAGAAAACAUUAUCCUAGUCCACAGACUUUGAUACAAGGCAUUAUUUGCUAAUCAGAAACCUAUCUCUCCGACGGAUGUGUCUUCUGUUUCUGUGUUUAAAGCUUGCGGAAGUUUCUUAUAACACACUCUUGUAGCUCCUUGUAACAGAUCAUUAUGAUGUAUAGUAAGUGUGAAUAUACUUGCAGGAAUUUUCAGGUAUGUUUGUGUGAGAUAACCAUUUCUAUAAUCCAGUUCUCUUGAAUACGUCUUGCAAUAUAAAGUGCCUCUUCUUUCAUUUGUUUAAGCAUAUAUAUAUAUAUAUUUGUGUGUGUGUGUGUGUGUAUGCUGUUUGAGUGAGGACAAUCAGGGCUAUUGAUGAUCACUAUCCACCUAGAAUAAAUGGUGUUUUUUUUAUAGCAGAUAUGAAUUAGUAUGGUGUAAGCUUGUAUGUUAACCACAAACAUGCGUUCAUACUUGCGUUUGUUC